GAAUGUCUACAUUAUUGGACGAGUCUACAGUAUUAUUCGACCAAAAACUUUCUCGAAGCAGUUCCCGCUAAAGGUUGUAAUCUCGUUCGAGCUUGUUCGCUUCCCUUAACACCACUCUGUUUUCUCUCUCUGGGCCGCUCGGUCCUCCUCUUGGACCUCAAGUUCGUUUCCAUUGGUGGACGAUCGUGUGAAGCGAAAACAAGCUCUGACGAUACCUAUGGCCGUUCCUCGGGCGACGAAGACCGUUCUUUGAUGCUCGAAAAUUCGUGAAUUGAUGACGCUUUACAUGCCCUUGUUCAGGGCAUGCGCGCGCUUGCGGACACUGACUCAGCUCCAUGCCCAUCUCCUGGUCGCGGGCCUCCACCGAGACCCGCUCGCUUCCACCAAGCUCAUCCAGUCCUACGCCGAAAUGGGCUCUCUCGGAUCCUCGCGGCUUGUCUUUGACCAUUUUCACGAUGCUGAUUCCUUCAUGUGGGGCGUGCUUAUCAAGUGCUGCGUGUGGGGUCGCGCUUUUGAGCAAGCCGUUUCGCUUUACCGUGAAAUGGUCUGCCAACGGAAGGAGAUCACUAGGUUCAUAUACCCAUCUGUGUUACGAGCCUGCUCUUGCUCAGGCAAUCUCAGCGCGGGCGAAACUGUCCACGGGACGAUCAUUAAGUGUGGGUUGGAUGGGGACCAUGUGAUUCAAUCUUCAUUGCUCUGUGUGUACGGAGAAAUGGGCUCGCUGCAUAAUGCCAGGAAGGUGUUCGAUGAUAUGUCAGGUACAGAUGUGGUUUCUUGGAGUUCGAUGAUCUCCAGUUACGUUGAUAAUGGGGAUCCAAGUGGAGGGCUGGAUGUGUUUCGUUGGAUGCUUUUACAAGGUUUUGAGCCCGACUCCGUCACAAUGAUUGGUGUCGCUGAGGUUUGUGCCCAAUUGGGUUCUUUGUGUUUGGCAAGGUUGACCCAUGGUCAAGUCUUGACAAGAAAUAUCGAAUGUGAUGAUGCAACAUUGAAUAACAGUCUUGUCGCUAUGUACAGUAAAUGUGGUGAUCUGUCUAGUGCAGAGGUUCUCUUCAAUACCGCCACUUGCCGGUCUGCUGCCUCAUGGACUGCAAUGAUUUCGAGCUAUAAUCAGAGAGGGUGCUUUCGUGAAGCACUUGAUGUUUUUUCAGAAAUGCAGGAAUCCCAGAGUAAAGCUAAUAAUGUUACCAUGAUGGCUAUUUUAUGUUCUUGUGCAAGGUUGGGGUGGCUGAGAGAGGGGCAGUCAGUUCAUUGUUUUGUCAUUAAAAAUGCUAUGGAUCCGGGAUAUGAUUUUCUAGGGCCACCAUUGAUAGAGUUCUAUGCUGACUGUGGAAGAGUACCUGAUAGCGAGAAGACUUUUAUGACAAUUGAAGAGAGAGAUGCUGUCUCAUGGAAUAUGCUCAUAACUGUUUAUGCACGAAAAGGGUUUUUAGAAGAGGCUUUAUCAACGUUUUUACAGAUGCGAGGACAGGGAGUAGUACCAGACUCAUUCAGCUUAACAACAUCACUGUGGUCUUGUGGAAGCAUGGGUUGUUCGCAGCUUGGAUGUCAAAUUCAUGGUGUUGUAAUGAAAUCCCAUAUUCACAAUGAAUUUGUACAAAAUGCACUUAUUGAUAUGUACUCAAAAUGUGGCUAUUUGGAUUCUGCAUACGGAGUGUUUCUUGAGAUCCAUAAGAGAGAUAUUGUUACUUGGAAUACAAUGAUUUGUGGAUUUUGUCAGAACGGUUAUUCUCUAGAAGCCAUCCAUCUUUUUGAUGAAAUGUACUUGAACUGCUUCAUAAUGGAUGAAGUCAGCUUCCUUAGUGUAAUUCAAGCUUGUUCACAUUUAGGAUACCUAGAAAAGGGUAAAUGGGUUCACCACAAGCUCAUUAUCAAUGGUGUAAGAAAAGAUCUGUACAUUGAUACAGCUUUAACGGAUAUGUAUGCCAAAUCUGGAGACCUCAAAUCCGCCCAAGCAGUUUUUGAUAGCAUGCCUGAGAAAACUGUGGUUUCGUGGAGUGCCAUGAUAGCUGGUUAUGGAACCCAUGGUCAGGUCGAUAUAGCCAUCUCUCUUUUCAAUCAAAUGGUGCAAAUGGGAAUACAACCAAAUGAUAUCACCUUUAUGAAUGUCCUAUCAGCUUGCAGUCACGCAGGAUCUGUGGAGCACGGGAAGCUCUAUUUCAGGUUAAUGAAUUCCCAUGGAGUUGCUCCCAAGUUGGAACAUUUUGCUUGUCUAAUCGAUCUUCUCAGUCGUUCUGGGAAUCUCGAUGAAGCAUAUUCAGUCAUCUCUUCCAUGCCUUUCCCUGCAGAUUCUAGCAUCUGGGGUGCCUUCAUCAGUGGUUGUCGUAUUCAUCGGAGAAUGGACAUUUUCCAAAUUAUUCAAAGGGAUCUUUUAGAUGUUGAUACGGACGACACGGGGUACUACACAUUGUUAUCUAAUAUACAUGCGGAAGAAGGGAAUUGGGGUCAAUCUCGAAAACUAAGGUUGACAAUGGAAAGCACAGGUUUAAAGAAAGUACCCGGAUACAGCUUGAUUGAACUUGGUAACAGAACAUAUAAAUUUGGAGCAGGAGACAUGUCUAACCUGCAAAUUGAGGAAAUAUGCAAUAUAUGGGAAAGAAAUCUACAAAACUUGGCUCUGGAACAAUGUUAGUUGGAGAAUGAUAUUCCCUAGUGUCUAUAACAUCUAUUUCCUUCGUAUGUCACCUUGACAUGGAAAUCCUCUCCUGUCUUUCUCUUAGCGCUCUCUCUCUCUCUCUCCUUCUCAGCAGAGAGCGUCAGUGGAGAACCAAGCGAUUAAUUUAUUCCUGGAGGAAGAUGAAUGAGGAAAUCAACACAUCAAGGGUUGGAGUCUCUGCUCCACCAUUGAAGAAAGAGCUAUUCACAGAGCCCAUUUUUCUAGUCUAUAUCCCAUGGGAUUAGGAUUAGUUCUCCGAGGCCAGGUUGCUGCCCAACGAGGAUGGCUUCUAGAAAGAUCUCUAAUAAUCAGCCAAGAUGGGGUGUUUUUUACGGAGUUAAUAGCAUGAAUUGAGUGCUCGAAUUACUCUCACACAGAACUCUGGCCUUCAUGCUGAACAUUCUGGAUGGUGAGAGGCAAAUCAUUUUCUUCUGCUUGCAGCGGAGAGACUACAGUUCGACCUCCUGCUGCUGCUGUGGCGCCCAACAAAGUCUCAGGAUGAUGUCUGACAAUUAGAGCUGAAGCACCAUUGUGUGAGGAUGAAAGCAGUAUGCUCAUUAAUCUUGAUAUGGUGUCUCCUGUUGGAGGGACUCUAGCACUAACGAUACGUUGGGUCUUUUAGGUAAGGCCAAGAUGGUAUUCCUUCCAUUAGGGAGCUCCGCCUAGGUGCCUGCCAGUUGUUUUAUGAUGCCCUGAAAUGUCCAGCCUUGCGUCCGGAUCAAUGGACUUAUCACGAAAUUCCCACAAUCUCCAAUAUACGAUGCCGGGGGAAGCUGUUUCGGAAGUUCAAUAAGCUUUGCCAGGAAUUCUCUCCCUACCAAGUGACUGCAUAUGAAGGCUCCAGCCGACCCGAACCCGAGUUAUUAUUCUGGUCACGGGACAGUAGCGCACAACAUGAAGUAUUGUCUCGUUCUGCGUGUGACAUGAAAGGACAGUGUUCAUCUGCACGACACAUGAAUUGUCCAAGUUUGCUCUGUGAGUGGUAGGUACAUUCUCCGAAUGGUCUACAGUGGCUCGCAGAUUUUGCAUAGAAAAUUUAUGUUUCUUCAAUAGGUGAAUUUUCCGGAUGAAGUACCAGCGGACAGCAAAAUAUUCAUUAGUUCGCGAGCGCCACGUUAAUAGCUGACGCGACCGUGCAUUCUUCCAUUCUGAACCUGUUACGGAUUUUUUUCUAUCAGCAUAUAAGGGUAUACUGAUACGGAUUUUAAUGAACAAGAUAAAAAAAAUCUCCGUCCACCUCACCUUCCUCUUCCAUCUACACUUCCUCCUCCAUCUACAGCCACUUUAAGCCCAACCUCCACGCCUCCCUCCACUAUGACCACCAGCAAAGUUGUCGGCGCCGCGUCCAAGGCGUCCAACCCUCUCCAUGGUCUCUGUGGUCGACGUUCCUUCCCUUAACUUCAUUGCCACAGAUCAAAUCUGAAGUCAUGGUGGCGGUUAUGGGCUCAG